GAGUUUGUGAUGAUCGGGGUGUUCUCUCUCUGUCUCCCCCUACAGGAGUUUGUGAUGAUCGGGGUGUUCUCUCUCUGUCUCCCCCUACAGGAGUUUGUGAUGAUCGGGGUGUUCUCUCUCUGUCUCCCCCUACAGGAGUUUGUGAUGAUCGUGGUGUUUGGUCUGGAAUACGUUGUGAGGGUUUGGGCGUCCGGCUGCUGCUGUCGCUACAGAGGAUGGCAGGGGAGACUACGCUUCGCCAGAAAACCCUUCUGUGUCAUAGGCAAGACACUGUGUGUGUGUGUCUGUUUACCUACAAGAAAAUGUGUAUGUGCACUUACAAUGUGCAUUUUGAUACAUGAGGUUGGUUGAUUGAUUGCAUUUAAUUGAUGAUUAGAAGUAGCAGGCUGCUCCAGCCAGAGACAACAUGACAUACAUUGUUUCCCAAGAGCAAUAGCUAAUGCAUAGUUAAUGAUCUAUUGAUAUGUGCCUGAGUUUACUGGGACUGAGUGUGUGUACUGGAUGUGCAAUGUGCAUCUCUCUCUUUCUCUCACCCCCCUCUCGCUCUCCUCUCUUUCUCCUUUCUCCCCCUCUACUUUUUCACCCCCCCCCUCUUUCUCCCCCUCUACUCUUUCACCCCCCCCCCCGCCUUUCUCCCCCCCUCUUCCCUCCAUAGACUUCAUAGUGUUUGUGGCGUCGUUGGCGGUGAUCGCAGCGGGCACCCAGGGAAACAUCUUUGCCACCUCUGCCCUGCGCAGCAUGCGGUUCCUCCAGAUCCUCCGGAUGGUACGCAUGGACAGACGAGGAGGCACCUGGAAACUACUGGGCUCUGUGGUCUACGCCCACAGCAAGGUGGGCACACACACCAACACACACAGUGGAUGAUGAAACGACUAGUAUUAGUGAUAUGUGGUCAAAGCAAAAUGAGGGUGGGAGUUAGACUGUAUGACCACCACAAGACACCCACAUAUACUGUACACAUACUGAAAGGUUGGGGUCACUGACCUCAAACUAUAUCCCCCUUAGACUGGUAAUUAGGCUGAACUCUGAAAAAGUAACAGCCAAAUACACCACACACACACACACACACACACACACACACACACACGGUGAUGUCAGGUGAUGAUGAUUAUAGUGUUGUCCAUUGAUGAUGAUGAUGAUUUAGUUUUUUCAGGUGAUGUUGAUGAUUAUAGUGUUGUCAGGUGGUGAUGAUUAUAGUGUUUUCAGGUGAUGGUUAUUAUUGUAUUGUCAGGUGAUGAUUAUAGUGUUUUCAGGUGAUGAUGAUGAUGAUGAUUAUAGUAUUGUCAGAUGAUGAUGAUUAUAGUAUUGUCAGGUGAUGAGAUGAUGAUGAUGAUUGUAGUGUUGUCAGGUGAUGAUGAUGGGUUUGCUCUUUAAUGUUUGGCAUAUAUUGAUUGAUGUUAAUUGAUUAUGGUUUUGAUGAUAUUAUGAUAAUAACUACCCCCCUCCCCCUUUCUCUGUCUCAGGAGCUCAUUACAGCGUGGUACAUUGGUUUCCUGGUCCUGAUCUUUGCCUCCUUCCUGGUUUACCUGGCAGAGAAGGACGUCAACACAGAGUUCAACACCUACGCAGACUCCCUCUGGUGGGGAACGGUCAGUACCACAUACUCACUCACUCUCUCACUCACUCACACACACACACACACACACACACACACACACACGAAAGAUGGCGUUGCAGUGGAUAGCAGCCUGCUAUUGUUGGAAAAGGACCCGUACGCAUUUCAGUUAGUCUACACCUGUUGUUUACGAAGCAUGUGACAAAUAACAUUUGAUUUGAUUUGACACACAGAGACCCACUGACUUGGGUAUAAAAUUCCCUUACUCCAGAUCUAGGAUGAGACUCACCAAUAGACAAUAAGGUCUCUCUAGUACCAUGCAGUAAUCUAAAUCAAGACCGUUUCUGUUUUACUAGUAUAGCUCUCUAUAGUAUUUACCACUAGAAGACUUCUUCUCACACUCUGUGUGUGUGUGUGUGGGUUUCUACACCCAGAUAACUCUCACCACCAUCGGCUAUGGUGACAAGACACCCCGCACCUGGUUGGGGCGGCUCCUAGCUGCCGGCUUCGCGCUCCUGGGUGUGUCCUUCUUCGCCCUUCCUGCCGUGAGUCUCUCUCAUUGGUCCACAUCACUGUCAGUUCCCCUCCCAGCCAAUCGGAGCUCAUGCCUUUGGCCCUCCCUCUGACCCCUCUCUCAGGGUAUCCUGGGGUCAGGCUUUGCCCUGAAGGUGCAGGAGCAGCACAGACAGAAGCACUUUGAGAAGAGGAGGACUCCUGCUGCCAACCUUAUACAGGUGACCUCAUAUAGCUCAGGUAGCAUCCACUCAAUCAACAGACUAGGUCAUGACAACUGAACCCAGCAACAAAUUCCUGUAAGAUUGAAUAAUUUUUCUUUAGUGGCUGAAGGUGUGUAUGUGUUCCAGGCUGCGUGGCGUCUGUACUCUACUGAUGCCCAGCACUCCUACCUGACAGCCACAUGGUACUUCUAUGACAGCAUGCUUCCAUCCUUCAGGUAGGUACUCCCCUCCUCUCCAAUAAUGCCGCCGUUGGGUGGUUAUGUGUUGCUGCUGGUCGACCCAUGGAUUUAACCAUCCCCAAUGCACGUGAAAUUAAAAGGACAAAAUGUUUGUACAGGUAGAUUUGACUUAGGUGUGACUUGGAGUAGCAAGCGUGUCUCACCUAUCCUAAAAUAAUGUGGUUUUGAAAGCCAGCUGACACUGCUUGAACAUUGAGAGAGCAUUAUAGGGAGAUUAGGACAGGCUGUACAGAUGAAUUAUAGGAUCUAGGAAGAGAACCUAAAUGUAACUUGCACCUACAGUUGAAGUCAGAAGUUUACAAACACCUUAGCCAAAUACAUUUAAACUCAGUUUUUCACAUUUCCUGACAUUUAAUCCUAGUAAAAUUCCCUGUUUUAGGUCAUUUAGGAUCACCACUUUAUUUUAAGAAUGUGAAAUGUCAGAAUAAUAGUAGAGAGAAUGAUUUAUUUCAGCUUUUAUUUCUUUCAUCACAUUCCCAUUGGGUCAGAAGUUUACAUACACUAAAUUAGUAUUUCAUAGCGUUGCCUUUAAAUUGUUUAAUUUGGGUCGAACGUUUCGGGUAGCCUUCCACAAGCUUCCCACAAUAAGUUGGGUGAAUUUUGGCCCAUUCCUCCUGACAGAGCUGGUGUAACUGAGUCAGGUUUGUAGGCCACCUUGCUCGCACAUGCUUUUUCAGUUCUGCCCACAAGUGUUCUAUAGGAUUGAGGUCAGGGCUUUGUGAUGGCCACUCCAAUACCUUGACUUUGUUGUCCUUAAGCCAUUUUGCCACAACUUCGGAAGUAUGCCUGGGGUCAUUGUCCAUUUGGAAGACCCAUUUGCGACCAAGUUUUAACUUCCUGACUGAUGUCUUGAGAUGUUGCUUCAAUAUAUCCACAUCAUUGUCCUUCCUCAUGAUGCCAUCUAUUUUGUGAAGUGCACCAGUCCCUCAUGCAGCAAAGCACCCCCACAGCAUUAUGCUGCCACCCCCGUGCUUCACGGUUGGGAUCGUGUUCUUCGGCUUGCAAGCAUCCUCCUUUCUCCUCCAAACAUAACGAUGGUCAUUAUGGCCAAACAGUUCUAUUUUUGUUUCAUCAGACCAGAGGACAUUCUCCAAAAAGUAUGAUCUUUGUCCCCAUGUGCAGUUGCAAACCGUAGUCUGGCUUUUUUAUGGCGGUUUUGGAGCAGUGGCUUCUUCCUUGCUGAGCGGCCUUUCAGGUUAUGUCGAUAUAGGACUCGUUUUACUGUGGAUAUAGAUACUUUUGUACCUGUUUCCUCCAGCAUCUUCACAAGGUCCUUUGCUGUUGUUCUGGGAUUGAUUUGCACUUUUCGCACCAAAGUACGUUCAUCUCUAGGAGACAGAACUCGUCUCCUUCCUGAGCGGUAUGACGGCUGCGUGGGCCCAUGGUGUUUAUACUUGCGUACUAUUGUUUGUACAGAUGAAUGCGGUACCUUCAGGCGUUUGGAAAUUGCUCCCAAGGAUGAACCAGGCUUGUGGAGGUCUACAAUUUCUUUUCUGAGGUCUUGGCUGAUUUCUUUUGAUUUUCCCAUGAUGUCAAGCAAAGAGGCACUGAGUUUGAAUGUAGGCCUUGAGAUACAUCCACAGGUACACCUCCAAUUGACUCAAAUGAUGUCAAUUAGCCUAUCAGAAGCUUCUAAAGCCAUUUUCUGGAAAUUUCCAAGCUGUUUAAAGGCACUAGUCAACUUAGUGUAUGUAAAUUUCUGACCCACUGGAAUUGUGAUACAGUGAAUUAUAAGUGAAAUAAUCUGUCUGUAAACAAUUGUUGGAAAAAUUACUUGUGUCAUGCACAAAGUAGAUGUCCUAACCGACUUGCCAAAACUAUAGUUUGUUAACAAGAAAUUUGUGGAGUGGUUGAAAAACGAUUUUUAAUGACUCCAACCUAAGUGUAUGUAAACUUCCGACUACAACUGUACAUAUAAUAAAUAUGACACACACACACACACACACACACACACACACACACAUGAACAUACACACAUGUACAAAAAUGAUCAAUAUCCCAGCAAUUGAGUUGGUUUUACCAGUGGUGACCGUGGGCAUUCUAUCCUCCUGAUCUAAAAUGGUGGGGUGCACUUUCAUUCAUUUUCAUUCUCCCUUUUUAAGUUCUGCACGUUUCUCCAUUGUUUAUCUGUUCAUUUCUUAAGAUUGUAUUCUCCUAUUUUAUGUAAGUAUUUACAUAUUAAUUUGACUAAUUUUGUUUGUUUAAAAAGAUGGGGGACUUUCAUGAUUUACAUUUGCCAUUUUUGCCUCUUAGCUCUGUGUCCAGUAACAAAAGUGUGUUGAUGGCGCCAUCAAUAUUUCUCAGACUUCAUUUUGAUGAAUUACAUAUAAAUGAUCCCCCUCUUUUUAAUGUUUUGACCCUUGAUUUGACAUCCUUUUUAUAAGUUGUUGUUUUGUCGUUUCUUUCUUUUGUUUUUGUUUUUUGUGCACAUGGGGUCAGAGAACUGACUCUACUGUUCAGUCACCUUCAGCGACGGCGUAGUGCCAAGAAGGUCCUUCACAACUCCCACCACACCCUGCUGUCCGGGCUACGGCCCUACAGCUCCCCCUACCUGUCAGGGGAC